CAUCCACAGCAAACGAAUCCCAGUGACAAACAUUGGCAGUAUAAUGGUCCGUACUAAAGAGCUCAGUGACUUUCAACGUGGCACCGUCAUAGGAUGCCACCUUUCCAACAAGUCAGUUCGUCAAAUUUCUGCCCUGCUAGAGCUGCCCCGGUCAACUGUAAGUGCUGUUAUUGUGAAGUGGAAACGUCUAGGAGCAACAACAGCGCAGCCGCGAAGUGGUAGGCCACACAAGCUCACAGAACUGGACCGCCGAGUGCUGAAGCAUGUAGCACGUACAAAUCGUCCAUCCUCUGUUGCAACACUCACAACAGAGUUCCAAACAGCCUCUGGAAGCAAGGUCAGCACAAGAACUGUUCGUCGGGAGCUUCGUGAAAUGGGUUUCCAUGGCCGGGCAGCCGCUCACAAGCCUAAGAUCACCAAGUCAGGCCUUCAAGCAGUGACUGUCGCUGACGAUAUCAAGGAAAAAGUAAAACUUGACUUACCUAAAGUCAAAGGUCAACUGCUCAUUUUCGGCGCCACCAACUGGGAUCUCAUCGGAAGGAAAGAGGUGCCAAAAGCACAAGCGGCCUUCAGGAACCUAGGCCAGAACUUGUGGGGUCCUCACCGCUACGGCAGCAUGAGUGACGUGCAGGUCAGCAGUGUGGUGUCUGGGCCCUGUGCUGCCCACAGCCUCCUAAUCACCACUGAGGGCAAGCUCUGGAGCUGGGGUCGAAAUGAAAAGGGUCAGCUGGGUCAUGGGGACACCAAACGCCUGGAGGCCCCAAAACUGAUUGAGGCCCUCGCAGACGAAGUGGUGGUGGCUGCAGCCUGUGGUCGCAACCACACCCUGGCAUUGACAGAGGGUGGCACCGCCUACUCUUUUGGAGAGAACAAACUGGGCCAGCUGGGUCAGGGCAACCAAACAGAUGCAGUCCUCAGUCCGGCCCUGAUCCAGUACAAUGGGCAGCCCUUGGUCAAGGUGGCGUGUGGGGCAGAGUUCAGCAUGGUGGUGGACUGCAAAGGAAACCUCUACUCGUUCGGGUGCCCAGAGUAUGGCCAGCUAGGACACAAUUCUGACGGCAAGUUCAUUGCCCGCGCCCAGCGCAUCGAGUUUGACUGUGAGACCAUUGCACGCCGCGUGGCCAUCUUCAUCGAGAAGAGUAAGGACGGCCAGGUGACGCCUGUACCUAACGUGGUGGUCCGAGACGUCGCCUGCGGAGGCAAUCACACGCUGAUAUUGGAUUCCCAGAAGCGGGUGUUUUCCUGGGGCUUUGGUGGUUAUGGACGGCUGGGUCACACGGAGCAGAAGGACGAGAUGGUGCCCAGACUGGUGAAGCUCUUUGACUUCCCCGGGCGCGGGGCAUCCCAAAUCUACACUGGCUAUCAGUGCUCCUUCGCUGUAAAUGAGAUGGGAGGGCUGUUUUUCUGGGGGGUCACCAAUACCUCGCGGGAGUCUACCAUGUACCCCAAGGCUGUGCAGGACCUGUGUGGCUGGAAGGUCCGCAGUCUGGCGUGCGGGAAAAGCAGUAUAGUUAUCGCUGCAGACGACAGCACCAUCAGCUGGGGACCCUCCCCAACCUUUGGAGAACUGGGAUACGGAGACAACAAGGCCAAGUCCUCCACUACUGCUCAGGAGGUGAAGACCCUGGAUGGAGUUUACACUGAACAGGUGGUGAUGGGAUACGCACACUGCCUGGUCAUCGCCAGACAGGAUACUCCACAGGAACAAGAGAUGCUCAAGAAGCUGCCAGAGUACAACCCAGGCCCCCUCUGAUGGGGCACCAUCCAGCCACCUUACCAUUUGUCAACAGAUUCUCUCCAGAAUGCAUCUCCCCUUUAGGUCACCUUUGUAAGGCUUGAUGGAUGGCUGGGGAGGGUGGGUUCUUGUAUGUAUGCGAACACAAACAAGUCAGUUCUUUUUGUGUUUGUUCCCAAAGACCAAUUACAUUUUCUUUGUUCAUGAAGUCCAUAGCAGUAUUACUUUUUGUCAGGUCGAUCUGUAUGCAUUGUCAGAACACAAUCGGGAUCUGAGACAUUGUGCCAUCAAGUUGAUGCUCUCCGGCCAUUGACUUCUGUUACAUUCUUCUGUUAAUCUCUUCACUUGUAUGAUUAAAUUGUAGCGGUAUUUAUUA